GCAGACGUCCGAUCCAUUUGAAAUCGGAAGUCUGGCAGCGAAUGAGCAAGGCAAGGCAUCUCCGUUUAUGGGUGGGCAUUAUAUUUUUUCAUCACCAAAACAGGAAGUGACCUGGCAGUGACCCAAAAACAACUGAAGUAACCACAAAUCAAUAGGAAGUGAGCCAAAAAUGCACUGAAGUAUCUUCCUGUUCGUUUUUGCUCACUUCCUAUUGGUUUUGGGUAACUUCCUGUUGAUUUGGGGAAAAUGCGAGCUGCUUUUGGGUCACUUCCUGCUGAUUUUUGGGCAUUUCCGGCUCACUUCCUUUUGAUUUUGGUUGACUUCCUGUUGAUUUGGGAAAAAUGCGGGCUUCAUUUGGUCAUUUCCUGAUUUAUGGGUCACUUCCUGUUCAUUUCAAGGUGCAUUCCUUUUGAUUUUCAGUCACUUCCUGUUAACUUUUAGACAUUUCCGGGUCACUUCCUGUUGAUUUUGGGGCAAUUCGAGGUGCUUUUGGGUCACUUGUUGAUUUGGGGACAUUCCUAGGUGACUUCCUUUACAUUUUGGGUCACUCCCUGUUCAUUAUGGGGCAUUUCCGGGUCAUUUCCUGUUGAUUUUUGGGCAUUUCCGGGUCACUUCUCAUUGAUUUUAAGGCAAUUUUUGUUGCUUUUGGGUCACUUCCCAUUGAUUUUGGGGGUUUACGUGAUGACACACUGUAUAUUUUGGGUCACUUCCUGGUGAUUUUGGGGCAUUUCCUGGUCACUUCCUGUUCCUUGGACACUUUGUUGAUUUUAGGGCAUUUCCACUUCACUUUCUAUUCAUUUGAUGUCGCUUUUUGUUGAGUUUGGGGCAUUUCCAGGUCACUUCUUGAGGAUUCUGGGUCACUUCCUGUUGAUUUUGAGCAUUUUCACAUCACUUUCUAUUCAUUUGGUGUCACUUCCUGUUGAUUUUGGGGCAUUUCCGGGUCACUUCUUGAAGAUUUUUGGGUCACUUCCUGUUAUUUAGUCACUUCCUGUUGGAUUUUGAGCAUUUCCACAUCACUUCCUAUUCAUUUGGUCUCACUUCCUGUUGAUUUUGGGGCAAUUCGCGGUGCUUUUGGGUCACUUGUUGAUUUGGGGACAUUCCUAAGUGACUUCCUUUACAUUGUGGGUCACUUCCUGUUCAUUUUGGGGCAUGUCUGGGUCACUUCCUGUUGAUUUUUUUUUUUGGCAUUUCCGGGUCACUUCCUGUUCUUUAAACACUUCCUGUUGAUUUUGGGGCAUUGCGUGGUGACACACUGUAGAUUUUUGGUCACUUCCUGUUGAUUUGGGGGCAUUUCCACAUAACUUCCUAUUCAUUUGGUGUCACUUCCUGUUGAUAUUGGGGCAUUUCCAGGUCACUUCGUGCUCUUUAGUCACUUCCUUUUGAUUUUAGGUCACUUCCUCUUGGUUUUGGAACAUUCCAGUCAUUCUUCCUGUUGAUUUUGGGCCACUUCCUGUUGUUUUGGGGCAUUUCUGAGUCACUUCCAUUUAAUUCGGGUCACUUAUUCGCUUAUUGAUUUUGGGUUAUUUGUGGAAAAUGCGAGCUUCAUUAGAUCACUUCCUGAUUUAUGGGCACUCAUGGGUCACUUCCUGUUCAUUUCAGGGUGCAUUCAGGUGACUUCCUUUUGAUUUUCAGUCACUUCCUGUUAACUUUUGGGCAUAUCUGGGUCACUUCUUGUUGAUUUUGGGGCAAUUCAAGGUGCUUUUGGGUCACUUCCUGUUGAUUUGGGGGCAUGUCUGGGUCACUCCCUGUUGAUUUUUUUGGGCAUUUCUGGGUCACUUCCUGUUCUUUAAACACUUCCUGUUGAUUUUGGGGCAUUGUGUGGUGACACACUGUAGAUUUUGGGUCACUUCCUGAUGAUUUUGGGACAUUUUGAGCUUCUUUUGGGUCACUUCCUGUUGAUUUGGGGGCAUUUCCACAUCACUUCCUAUUCAUUUGGUGUCACUUCCUGUUGAUGUUGGUGCAUUUCUGGGACACGUCUUGAGGAUUUUGGGUCACUUCCUCUUGGUAUUGGGGCAUUUCUGGAUCACUUCCUAUUGAUUUUAGCUCACUUCCUGUUUCUUUUGGGGUAUUUCCAGGUCACGUCCUGCUCUUUAGUCACUUCCUUUUGAUUUUGGGUCACUUCCUCUUGGUUUUGGAACAUUCCAGUCAUUCUUCCUGUUGAUUUUUGGCCACUUCCUGUUGUUUUGGAGCAUUUCUGAGUCACUUCCAUUUAAUUCGGGGUCACUUCCCGUUGAUUUGUGGGCAUUCCUGAGUCACUUCCUUUUUAUUUUGGGGCAUAUUCAUGUCACUUCCUUUAGAUUUUCAGUCAAUUCCAUCUCGCUUAUUGAUUUUGGGUGAUUUGGGGAAAAUGCGAGCUUCAUUAGAUCACUUCCUGAUCCAACUCGAGGUGCUUUUGGGUCACUUCCUGUUGAUAUGGGGGCAUGUCUGGGUCUAUUCCUGUUGAUUUUUUUGGGGGGGGGCAUUUCCGGGUCACUUCCUGUUCUUUAAACACUUCCUGUUUAUUUUGUGGCAUUUCCUGGUCACUUCCAGUUGAUUUUGGGGCAUUGCGUGGCGACUGUAGAUUUUGGGUCACUUCCUGAUGAUUUUGGGACAAUUUGAGAUGUUUUUGGGUCACUUCCUGUUGAUUUGGGGGGAUUUCCACAUCACUUCCUAUUCAUUUGGUGUCACUUCCUGUUGAUGUUGGAGCAUUUCUGGGACACUUCUUGAGGAUUUUGGGUUACUUCCUCUUAGUAUUGGGGCCUUUCUGGGUCACUUCCUAUUGAUUUUAGCUCACUUCCUGUUUCUUUUGGGGUAUUUCCAGGUCACUUCCUGCUCUUUAGUCACUUCCUUUUGAUUUUGGGUCACUCCCUCUUGGUUUUGGAACAUUCCAGUCAUUCUUCCUGUUGAUUUUGGGCAUUUCUGAGUCACUUCCAUUUAAUUCGGGGUUACUUCCCGUUGAUUUGUGGGCAUUCCUGAGUCACUUCCUGUUUAUUUUGGGGCAUAUUCAUGUCACUUCCUUUAGAUUUUCAGUCAAUUCCAUCUUGCUUAUUGAUUUUGGGUGAUUUGGGGAAAAUGUGAGCUUCAUUAGAUCACUUCCUGAUUUAUGGGCACUCAUGGGUCACUUCCUGUUCAUUUCAAGGUGCAUUCAGGUCACUUCCUUUUGAUUUUCAGUCACUUCCUGUUAACAUUUGGGCAUUUCUGGGUCACUUCCUGUUGAUUUGGGGGCAAUUCGAGGUGCUUUUGGGUCACUUCCUGUUGAUUUUUUGGGGGGCAUUUCUGGGUCACUUCCUGUUCUUUAAACACUUCCUGUUGAUUUUGGGGCAUUGCGUGGUGACUGUAGAUUUUGGGUCACAUCCUGUUGAUUUUGGGACAAUUUUAGGUGUUUUUGGGUCACUUCCUGUUGAUUUGGGGGGAUUUCCACAUCACUUCCUAUUCAUUUGGUGUCACUUCCUGUUGAUGUUGGGGCAUUUCUGGGACACUUCUUGAGGAUUUUGGGUCACUUCCUCUUGGUAUUGGGGCAUUUCUGGGUCACUUCCAUUUACUUCGGGGUCACUUCCCCUUGAUUUGUGGGCAUUCCUGAGUCACUUCCUGUUUAUUUUGGGGCAUAUUCAUGUCACUUCCUUUAGAUUUUCAGUCACUUCCAUCUUGCUUCUUGAUUUUGGGUGAUUUGGGGAAAAUGCGAGCUUCAUUAGAUCACUUCCUGAUCCAAUUCGAGGUGCUUUUGGGUCACUUCCUGUUGAUAUGGGGGCAUGUCUGGGUCACUUCCUGUUGAUUUUUUUUUUUUUGCAUAUCCGGGUCACUUCCUGUUCCUUAAACACUUUCUGUUGAUUUUGGAGCAAUUCGAGGUGCUUUUGGGCCAUUUUUUGUUGAUUUGGGGGCAUUCCUGGGUAACUUCCUGUCCAUUUUGGGGAACAUUGCGUUGAUAUUUGUGCAUUUCUGGGUCGCUUCCUGAAGAUUUGGGGGCAAUUAGUUGUUUUUGGGUCACUUCCUCUUGAUGUAGGGGCAUUCCUGGGUGACUUCCUAUUCAUUUAGGGUCGUUUCCUGUUACUUUUGGGGGACUUCCUGUUUAUUUGGGGGCAUUACUGGGUGACGUCCUGUACAUUUUGGUUCACUUCCUGUUGAUUUUGGGGUACUUUUUCCAAUGUUCCUGAAUGCAACAUCUUGCCGGUCAUGUGAAAAGUUGUCAUAGCACGAAAUGAGUGCAUUAUUUUCAUGGUGAAUUUUUCCUCAAGGCCAACGCACAGAAGCGUUUGUGUCCACAUGACACAAUGCGUGCUUUCUGCUCCCCAUUGCUAAUCAAUGAAAUAGGUCAAAAAUGACAUUCUGCAGUAUCAUCGUCAGUGGCGUUUGAUAUCGUUAUUGACUCGAUCGGUGGCGAUGGUGGACGUCCGUUGCCGUUUAUGGGUCACUUUCUGUUGAUUUUGGGGAAUUGUUGCAUCACUUCCUGUUUUUGGGACAUUUGCGGGUCACUUAAGCAACAAACUGAGCUUUUUUGUUCAAAAAUAAAGGAACAUUUGGCAAACUUUGAAAUAAAUUGAAAGUCCUCGGUUGUAUUGUUUUGGUCCGAGAGGACCACCACGAGGGUUUUUUUUGUUAUUGUUGCUAUUCCGGUCGGGAACGCGGAAGCGUCGGAUCUCGUGACGCAGCGGAACUGAGCGCCGCCUUGUCUUCUCCUCGCCGCCCGAGGACGCGAGGCCGGGGCGGCGUCACCGCGUCCAUAAAAAGACGGAGAGGGUCAGACCUUCGGGACUGACUCUGCGAUGGAGGAGCUGAGCCCCAGAGAGCGAGAACUUUUGAAGAUCCGGCGGGACAGCGACAGCAAGGCGGCGCAGCUGCUGAAGAUGGAGAAGCUGAUGCAGCAGACCAAAGACUUGAUGGACAAGCGGCAAGAGCCCGACAAGCUCCAGGACAAUUUGGUGGAGGACCUGGAGGAGAAAGUGCGAUCGAGCCGGCGUCACCGUCGCAAUUCGCUGCAUCACACGCAGAUGCUGGAGAGUCAAAUGAAGACGGUGAAGGGCGAGCUGGAGGGGACGCUGGACCACCUCCAGGAGCUGCGCAACGUCCUGCGCCGCUCGCAGCAGAAAGCCGAAGAGCGCAAGGCCGCCAUGGAGAAGCUGGCCGCGGGACUCAGGUGAACGUUACCGUAGACGUCGAAAUACGUUCCGACCGGGGACGAAAGGACAGCGUGGAAUUUUGGCCGACGAUUCGUCUGGUGCCGUCCACGGGAGA